CGACACCGAGAAUGACAUAGUGGAUGCCACGUAGGAUCGCUGAAACGGUGAAACGGCGUCGUUUGAACGGAAACUAGAACAUAAUAAGCCCAGGAAAUCUCCGAUUACCCGAUUUGGCUUAAUCUCCGGUUUCAAACAAACACCGACGAAACAUUCUGAGAAGUCCCUUCACUCAAAAAAACCCUAAUGGAGACAGAGACGAAGGAAAAGAUCGAGAAAACGGUGCGAGAGAUUCUGAGUGAAUCGGACAUGACAGAGAUGACGGAGUUCAAGGUUCGUAAUCUCGCUUCGGAGAGACUCGGCAUCAAUCUCUCAGAGAAACCUCUCAAGGCAUACGUACGACUCGUCGUGGAUUCAUUCCUCGAAGAGCAGAAAUCGAAAGAAUCUGAACAACCGGAGAAAGAAGAGGAAGAUGAAGAAGUAGAAGAUAGAUCUAAGGAAGGUCCUAAGGGAAACAAAGAGUUCGACGAUGACGGCGAUCUCAUCAUUUGCCGGCUUUCGGAUAAGAGAAGAGUGACGAUUCAGGAGUUUCGAGGAAAGACUUUGGUUUCCAUUAGAGAGUAUUACAAGAAAGACGGCAAAGAACUUCCUACUUCUAAAGGAAUAAGCUUAACAGAUGGACAAUGGUCAACGUUCAAGGAAAACAUUCCAGACAUCGAAAAAGCUGUCAAGAAAAUGGAAUCUCGUGUCUGAAGAACAUGUGAUUCUCCUCUCUAAACAUGUGUUAAUUGUCUGCGUAAUCUAGUGGUGCCGAUGUUAUUGUCUUAUGUACCUGCGUUUUUUUUUUCCGGAAUUGGUCGUAAUGUGCUUCCACAGUAGUAGUAUGCUUGCUUAUCCA